AUGGAGGAUGAAAACAAAGUUAAAUUCACUGCUCAAGAUUUAUAUGAUAAAAAAGCUGACAAAACAUAUGUUAACGAUGAGUUAGAUAAAAAAGCUGACAAAACAUAUGUUAACGAUGAGUUAGAUAAAAAAGCUGACAAAACAGAGCUUCAAACGUUAAAGACAGAAAUACUUCAAACAGUAUAUCCUAUAGGUUCUAUUUACACGUCAAUGAACUCUACCAGACCAGAAGUAGUACUUGGUCUCGGAACUUGGACUCAAAUAGUCGACAGGUUUUUGUAUUGUGCAAACUCUUCAAAGGAAACAGGUGGAAGUAAAACGAUUUCAGGUGAAAACUUACCUGCACACAGUCACUACAUAGAUUUAAGUACAUCUCAAGCAGGUUGGCAUAAGCAUAGAUAUUGGGAUUGGUCAGGAAUGAUAAAAGGUAAAGGAUAUGAUGUUAAAGACAACGUUAAGUUUGCUAUAGAUUGUUACUGGAGUAACACUGAGGGAGGAGGAAACCAUACACAUCGCGUUUCAGGGUAUACGCAAACAACGGGACAAAGUAAAGACUAUAUGCCACCUUACAUGACAGUUUACGCAUGGUAUAGAAUUGCUUAG